AAGCUUCCGCAGGCUGCGGCCCCGGCAGAAACAGCUCCUGCGCGGUUCCCCGGCGCCUUCGCAGGCCCCGGUCGGGCUCCCGGACCUCGCGCGCCCUGAUCCCGACAGCUGUGGACUCGCGGCCGCACGGGCAGCAGCUCCGCCGAGGCCACGCUCCCGCACAGGGCCGGCCGCUCGGCGGUCCCGCGGGCUCGGGCGGGGCUCUGCGGGCCACCGACCGCGAUGGCAGCGCGCGCGCCCCUCCGCGUGGCCCGCGGGGCCCUGGGCGCCUGUGUGCUGGGCGGCCUCUGGGUCUGGGCGCUGGGCGGCCUGGGGGCGGCGGCGGCCGGGGGCUCCCCGGGGGCUCUGCGCCCAUGCGAGGCGCCGCAGCAGUGGGAGGGGCGCCAGGUUCUCUACCGGCAAAGCAGCCGGCGCUACAGCCGCGCCCUGCUCUCCUACGACGGGCUCAACCAGCGCGUGAGGCUGCUGGACGAGAGGAAGGCGCUGAUCCCCUGCAAGAGACUAUUUGAAUAUAUCUUGCUCUAUAAGGAGGGAGUGAUGUUUCAGAUUGAACAAGUCACCAAGCAGUGCUCCAAGAUCACCCUGACGGACCCCUGGGACCCUCUCGACAUUCCUCAGAACUCCACCUUUGAGGACCAGUACUCCAUCGGGGGGCCACAGGAGCAGAUCACUGUCCAGGAGUGGUCUGACAGAAAGUCAGCUAGAUCAUAUGAAACCUGGAUUGGCAUUUACACAGUCAAGGAUUGUUAUCCCGUCCAGGAAACCUUCACCCAGAACUACAGUGUGAUACUGUCCACACGGUUUUUCGACAUACAGCUGGGCAUUAAAGACCCCUCGGUGUUCACCCCACCGAGCACCUGCCAGACAGCGCGGCUGGCCAGGGUGAGCGAGGGCUGCCCCUGGUAAGCCUGCAAGUGCCCAAGGGAUGGCAGCGGACGCUGGAUGCCCAUGGCCCCAGCUCGAAGUGGACCUGAGACUUGAGAGAUGAGAAUCUUCAGGGGAGAUAAAUAUAAUUUUAGGAAGGUAAACAUUGCUGUGGGUUAUUUUUGUAUAUACCAUGUUGACAACUCAAGCUGUGUUUACAACCCGAAGAGAGUGGAGAACAGGUGGUGAUAACAAACCGCGGAGGUGGUGGACUGGCAGGCUUCAGGCAUCUGGGCGCCCUGCAUUCUGCGCAGGCAGGUGUGUGCUAGGGCUGUGGCCUUUCUGGGCAAGGAUGGGGACGGGGAUGAUGCUUGAGCGCUGGCACUACUGAGACGCGCUGCAGUACUGGCACAGGGAUAAUACAGAGCAGGACCAUAGUGGCCAGUUUCAUGGUGCAUUUUUGAGCUCUCUGCAGAUGAUGACCUUUUCAUUCACUGCACUGGGGUGGUGACUGCUCCCCCACCCCUGCCCCAUGCUCCCUUGGCGAUGAAGCUGGUGAUUCCUUAAAAUGCCUUCCAGACUUAAGAGCUUUAUGGCAUGAUCCAGAUGAUGUACACACUUUGGGAGGAAAUGAAAGACUAUAAUACAAAGUAAUUAUUCCUCUGAAGAGACAUUUUAAACAGGAGGAUUUGAAAAUCUUCAUGUCUGGACCUGGGUAAGCAUGAGCUGUGUCUGCUUCCUGUGCUCUAGCAAUAGUAGCGAUAUGUGUGCAGAGUUAUCACACACUUACAGGAGGCCUAGAAAGACAGGUAGUAUGCUGAAUAUAGCGUUGAACUGGGAAUCAGGGGACUGUUGACUCCAAAAUCCAGGACAAGAAUUCCCUGGCACUUGAAUUCCUUUGUUCAACUGAAUGCACUAUGCUUCCCCUCACCUUGGCCUUCCUAGGGCACUGUUUUACCACCUGUCUAUCUGAGUGCUGUUCAUUUUUCACAUGUGAUCUUUGGAGAGAUGCUCCCCAGCCUGGACUGGGUGCACCUUGUAGCCUGAGCACGCUGUUCUCGUAGCACUUAUUAAGCAGUGUGUUAACUUCCUGCUUACUGGACACCAUCACCCACUAGCCUGGCCCUGAGCACCUCAAGUACAGGUACCUUUUUCUGUUUGCUUUUAUAGGCCCAGCACAGAAUAAGUGCCUGGCACGUGGUCAGUGCCCUAACCAUUGUGGAGUGGAGAAUGCUAGCCUCUCUGGUUCUUAGUUUCCUCAUCUGUUAAUGGGAUUUGGUUUGCUCAUCUUUAGAGAGACUCCCAGUAAUAAAAUUUAUUAUUCUGGAUUGUUAUAUUAUUUUAUUUCAUCUUGUUAUCUAUCUAGCAUCUAUCUAACAUCUACCUAUUCAUUGUGUAUGUAUCUAUCAUCUAUCAUCUACUACCAGAAGAAAUGUAUGACACCUAUAUUACACUGAAACAAUCUGUAUUACUCAUAGUUUGUUAUUUCAAUAAACCAAUUUAAUUGCA